GCAAAACUGAAAGAAAUCAUUUUCUACAUAUAUUUGCCUUAUGGAAAUAAAAUAUUGUUUAAAUAAACUAGGCCGUAGCAGCGACUCUGUGGGGCUUUUAAAUGUUUUGUAUGUGUAUUAUAUUUUGCUCUUUAUUUCUUUAUUAUCUGUUUUAUUUAAAUUUUAAGUAAAAACUCCUCCGUGUAUUAUUAUAAACCGGCAGCAGCGCGGGCACCACAUGCGAAAAGAUGGCGGCCUCCAUAUCCAGCCUGCUGAAGCCGUGGAUUCCGAGGCUGAGUUUGGUGCGGUGGACUCGCUAUAACCCCUAUUACCUGGAACCGGAGCCCAAUAAGGAUGUGUAUAUGAUCCCCGAAUCUGAACUGACCCCAGAGCAGAAACAACUAAAAGAGGAGAAGCUCACCCGUCCCAUCAAAGCAGCACUGUCCAGCACCACCAGCUCACCAUUUGAUGAUCCGGUCAUCAGCAAGUUCAUCAACAUGAUUAUGCAAGAUGGAAAUAAAGUCUUGUCCACAGAAAUCGUGACACAGACUCUAGAGGCCAUAAAGCGGAAACAAGUGGAGAAAUACCACAAAGCUCCAGCGGCAGAGAGGGAGGCCAUCGAGUGUAACCCAUACACCAUCUUCCACCAGGCCUUAGAAAACUGCAAACCGGUCAUUGGAUUGGCCAACAUCCAGAAAGGAUCAAGGACGUACCAGGUCCCCAUCCCGCUGACGGAAAAACGGCGACGUUUCCUGGCCAUGAAGUGGAUAAUCACGGAAUGCCGGGACAACAAGCACCGCCGCACACACAUGUACGAGAAGCUCUCCCAGGAACUACUGUCUGCCUUCGCUAAUGAGGGAAACGUCAUCAAACGCAAACAUGAACUUCACAAGAUGGCCGAGGCCAACAGAGCGUAUGCUCACUUCCGCUGGUGGUAGAAGAGAGACGGACAUUUGGUUCUUGUGUGUUUUCACUCUGAGUCGUAUUGAUGGACUGAAUUACCAGAUAAACAUCUGUGUUGAAAAAUCGAAUGAGCUUCACAAAGCAGAUUUUCUUUGUUAACCAGAGUUUCAAGUCUAAAUUUUGCUCAGCAAGAGAAGAAGAGAAGCGCCAAGAUGUUCCUGUUGGAUGUUGUUGGCUCAGGAUAUCAAGCUAACUCAGAAAUCCCUUGUUAUGUAGGUAAAACAUGAGCAAACAUGGUUCAACACAUGGUUUUAGUUACAGGAAACAUUUCGUCAGUUUCCCAGACAGGGAUUACGCCUUGUUAUAAACUAUAAUAUUACUUUCAUUAAAAACGUUCAAUUCAAAACGCUAUGUAUUCCAAGAAUAGGCUUCAUUUCUGUCUGGGAAAAUGCCCCAUUAAGUUUAACCUUAUUGUUCAACCCAACUUUAGAUCUUUAAGGACUCUGAAGACUGACUGUAGGAGUAAAGAGUCAUCCAAAGGCCUGUUCUGUGUAGUGUUAAUACAAGUCGUAAUAUAAUAGUUACAUAAUAAUGUUAAAUAAAAUCUGUUGCUGUGGCAAAUCACUUCAUUCUGUUAUUAAAAGUGUUUUUCCUUAA